GUGAAGCCGGAUUGGUCUCUGUCCGCGGGGUGAAGGCCCCUGGCGGCAGGUCCGGUGUCAGCUGGGCUCCACCCCGCUCGGGAGGGGCCGGAGCGGGACACACCUGGCGCGGCGCUGCGGGCCGCCCGGGAGCUGCCGGCUGUGGAGCGAGCCCGGCUCCUUCCCCGAGGCGCGGAGCAGCGGCCCCAUGGCGCUGGCCGAGCUCUACACGCAGUACAACAGGGUUUGGAUCCCUGACAAGGAAGAAGUUUGGCAGUCUGCUGAAAUCACAAAGAACUACAGAACAGAAGACCAUGUGCUUCACCUACUGUUAGAAGAUGGAACUGAAUUGAAUUACCCUGUUGAUCCAGCACCUUUGCCACCUCUACGAAAUCCUGACAUACUUGUUGGUGAAAAUGACCUCACAGCACUUAGCUAUCUCCAUGAACCUGCUGUUCUACACAAUCUUAAAGUUCGUUUUGUGGAGUCAAAACUUAUCUACACUUAUAGUGGAAUCAUUUUGGUUGCAAUGAACCCCUAUAAACAGUUGCCAAUAUAUGGGGAUGCCAUUAUCCAUGCAUAUAGUGGGCAGAACAUGGGGGAUAUGGAUCCACAUAUAUUUGCUGUGGCAGAAGAGGCUUACAAACAAAUGGCAAGAAACAACAGGAAUCAAUCUGUUAUAGUCAGUGGAGAAUCAGGAGCUGGAAAAACUGUGUCUGCUAGAUAUGCUAUGAGAUACUUUGCCACAGUCAGUAAGUCAAACAGCAAUGCGCAUGUGGAGGAUAAAGUACUGGCAUCCAAUCCAAUAACAGAGGCUGUAGGCAAUGCGAAAACCACACGCAACGAUAAUAGCAGUCGGUUCGGGAAGUACACUGAAAUCAGUUUUGAUCAGAGACACCAAAUCAUUGGAGCCAACAUGAGGACGUACCUGCUUGAGAAAUCCAGAGUUGUCUUUCAAUCAGAGAAUGAACGAAAUUACCACAUAUUCUACCAGCUGUGUGCUUCUGCUCUGCAACCAGAAUUUAAGCAUCUUAAAUUGGGGCAUGCAGAAGAAUUUAAUUAUACAAGAAUGGGCGGCAACACUAUUAUCGAAGGAGUCGAUGACAGAGCAGAUAUGAUGGAGACCCAGAAGACAUUCACUCUACUAGGUCUGAAGGAGGAUUUUCAGAUGGAUGUUUUUAAAAUACUGGCGGCCAUCCUACACUUAGGCAAUGUGCAGAUGACAGCUGUUGGUGAUGAAAAAUCUUCAGUCAGUCUGGAGGAUAAACAUCUCAAUAUAUUCUGUGAACUUCUGGAUUUAGACAAUGACAAAGUGGCACAAUGGUUGUGCCACCGAAAAAUUAUCACUACCUCAGAGACUGUAAUAAAGCCUAUGACAAAACUCCAAGCUCUUAAUGCAAGGGAUGCUUUGGCAAAGAAGAUCUAUUCUCACCUGUUUGACUUCAUUGUGGAAAGAAUUAACCAAGCUUUGCAUUUUUCUGGAAAGCAGCACACUUUUAUUGGCGUUUUGGACAUUUAUGGAUUUGAAACUUUUGAUUUGAACAGUUUUGAGCAGUUUUGCAUCAAUUAUGCUAAUGAAAAACUGCAACAACAAUUUAACCUGCAUGUCUUUAAACUUGAACAAGAGGAGUAUAUGAAGGAAGACAUCCCAUGGACUCUUAUAGACUUUUAUGACAACCAACCAGUCAUUGACCUUAUUGAAGCUAAAAUGGGCAUUUUAGAGCUGCUAGAUGAAGAGUGCUUGUUACCUCAGGGGACUGAUGAAAAUUGGCUUCAAAAGCUAUAUAAUAACUAUAUCAACAAGAACCCAUUCUUUCAAAAGCCCAAAAUGUCAAAUACAUCUUUUAUCAUCCAGCACUUUGCUGAUAAGGUAGAGUACAAAUCAGAAGGAUUUCUGGAAAAAAACAGAGAUACAGUGUAUGAAGUAUUGAUUGACAUUUUGAGAAACAGCAAGUUUCAUCUGUGUGCAGACUUUUUUCGAGACCAUCCAGUGCCCAUUUCACCCUUCCGGUCAACUAUAACAGUCAAAUCUGCAAAAACGGUGGUCAAGCCACCUAACAAACAGUUCCGGACGACGGUUGGCAGUAAGUUCCGCAGUUCUUUGUAUUUACUUAUGGAAACACUUAAUGCAACCACUCCUCACUAUGUACGGUGCAUAAAGCCAAAUGAUGAGAAGUUACCAUUUGAGUUUGACUCAAAAAGGGUGGCGCAACAACUGCGAGCAUGUGGUGUUUUGGAAACCAUUCGAAUUAGUGCCCAAAGCUAUCCAUCCAGGUGGACUUACAUUGAAUUUUUCAGCCGUUACAGCAUUCUCAUGACGCAGAAUGAACUCUCUUUAAGUGACAAGAAAAAGAUUUGCAAGACUGUUUUGCAGCGGCUAAUCCAGGAUCCUAACCAGUAUCAAUUUGGGAGAACAAAAAUUUUCUUUAGAGCAGGGCAGGUUGCUUAUUUAGAAAAACUGCGGUCAGAUAAACUGAGACAAGCGUGCAUCGUGAUCCAAAAGAACGUUCGAAGCUGGCAUCAACGGAAGAAAUUCCUCCGUAUAAAACAAGCAGCUGUUACAAUACAGCAGUACUUCCGUGGACAGCGGGCUGUACGGCAAGCUAUCACUGCUACAGCUCUAAAGCAAGCAUGGGCGGCUAUAAUUAUUCAGAAGUACUGUCGGGGAUAUAUAGUCCGUAAACUUUGCCAGCUCAUCCAUGUGGCUGCUAUAACAAUUCAAGCUUACGUGCGAGGAUUUCUAGCAAGGAAGAAAUUCCAAAAGAUGCUCAAGGAACACAAGGCUGUAAUCCUUCAAAAAUAUGCCCGUGCUUGGCUUGCAAGACGCAGAUUUCAGAAUAUUCGGCGAUUUGUGUUGAAUAUCCAGCUUUCGUACAGAGUUCAGCGACUGCAGAAGAAACUAGAAGACCAGAACAAAGAAAAUCAUGGCUUACUGGAGAGGCUGACUCACCUGGCUUCGACUCAUGCAAAUGACCUAGAUACAAUCCAGAAACUUGAAUUAGAGCUUGAAAAGUUAGCGACACAAAAGAAAACCUCUGAGGAAAAAGGAAAGAAAUAUAAGGAGGACACUGAACAGAAACUCUCAAAACUUGAGAAACAGAAUGCAGAACUGCAAGAACAGAAAACAUUCUUAGAACAGAAGCUCCAAGAGGAAACCAAGGAAAUGAAAGAUAAAAUGGAUGACCUCACAAAACAACUGUUUACUGAUGUACAAGAAGAAGAAAAACAAAGAAUAAUACUUGAGAAAAAGUUCCAAAAUGAGAAGCAAGACUAUGAAAAAGAGAUUGAGUCAUUAAAGGGAGAAAUUAAGACUCUCAGAGAAGAGAAAAUUAAGCUGCAAGGUCAAAUUCAGGAAGAACAUAUAAUUCAGGAUGACUUAAAACUGGAAGUAGGACAACUUAAAAAACAGGCAAAGAUGAUACCUGAAUUGCAAAAGGAAAUUGAACUGCUCCAGACACAGAAAAUGGAUGUGGAAAAGCAGGUCCAAUCCCAGAAGCGAGAAAUGAGAGAAAAGGUGUCCGAAGUUGCAAAACAAUUUAUUGAGAGCUAUGAUGUUGAAGCCGUAAGAAGCAGGCUGUCCAUAGAAGAUUUGGAACAUUUAAAUGAAGAUGGAGAACUUUGGUUUGCUUAUGAGGGCCUGAAAAAAGCCACGAGAGUGUUGGAAAGCCAAUUCCAGUCUCAGAAAGAGAACUAUGAAAAGGAGAUUGAAGCUUUGAACUUUAAAGUUGAACAUCUUAGUCAAGAAAUUAUCCAUUUACAAAAGUUGUUUAGGGAGGAAAAUGACAUAAAUGACAGCAUCCGACUUGAAGUUAGUAGACUAACAUCGGAAAACAUGAUGAUCCCAGACUUUAAACAGCAGAUUUCUGAACUUCAAAGGCAAAAGAUGGAUCUUGAACAACACCUUCAAGAACAAGCUGCAAAGACGAAAGGAAAAAUGGAAGAAAUGUCUAAUCAGGUGCAUCACAAGCUGUCAGAGGAAGGUCAAAGAAGAACACUGGACAAGCAGACUGAAACGCACACAAAAGAAGAGAAGCAGGUUGUCACAAUCCAAGAAAUUCAGGAGACAAACAAUCACCUAAAGGAGCAACAUGAAAUUGAGAAUGAAGUAAAGAGCAAGAUAAAGCAGGAGGCAUUUCAUCUUACUCUGGAAAACAUGGAUCUUGAAGAAGAGUUAGACAUGAAAGACAGAGUAAUAAAAAAAUUGCAGGAUCAGAUCAAGACUCUUACCAAGACUAUUGAAAAAGCCAAUGAUACACAUGUGCCAGCUCUGCCGCCUAAGGAGUACAUUGGAAUGAUGGAGUACAGAAAGGAAGAUGAAGCAAGAAUUAUUAAAAAUCUCAUCCUUGAUCUAAAGCCACGUGGAGUGGUAGUAAAUAUGAUUCCGGGCCUACCAGCUUACAUCCUGUUCAUGUGUGUGAGAUAUGCAGAUUAUCUGAAUGAUGGUGACAUGCUGAAAUCUUUCAUGAGCAUAACCACUAAUGGUAUCAAACAAGUUAUUAAGGAACAUGCUGAAAAUUUUGAGAUGUUGUCCUUUUGGCUCUCCAAUACAUACCAUUUUCUUAACUGUUUGAAACAAUACAGCGGGGAAGAGGAAUUCAUGAAGCAAAAUACUCCACGUCAGAAUAUGAACUGUUUGAAGCAUUUUGAUCUUUCAGAAUACAGACAAAUUCUUAGUGACUUGGCCAUUCGUAUCUAUCACCAAUUCAUUCAUGUAAUGGAGAAUAACAUUCAGGCAAUGAUAGUACCAGGUAUGCUUGAAUAUGAAAGUCUCCAAGGAAUUUCUGGCAUGAAACCUACAGGAUUCCGUAAACGUUCUUCUAGUAUAGACGACACUGAUACCUACACAAUGACCUCCAUCCUGCAACAGCUCAGCUAUUUUUAUAGCACAAUGUGCCAGAAUGGCUUGGACACAGAGCUUCUAAAGCAGGCAGUGAAGCAGCUUUUCUUUCUGAUUGGAGCUGUCACCCUUAAUAGUCUUUUCCUCCGCAAGGACAUGUGCUCUUGUAGGAAAGGAAUGCAGAUAAGAUGUAAUAUCAGCUACUUAGAAGAAUGGCUUAAAGAAAAGAAUCUGCAGAGCAGUUCUGCCAAGGAAACUUUGGAACCUCUCUCUCAGGCAGCCUGGCUCCUUCAGGUCAAAAAGAUCACAGACGAUGAUGCCAAGGAGAUAUAUGAACGCUGUACAUCCCUGUCUGCUGUGCAGAUAGUAAAGAUUCUCAAUUCAUACACUCCUAUAGAUGAUUUUGAGAAAAGAGUGUCCCCAUCAUUCGUUCGCAAAGUCCAGGCUAUGCUCAAUAAUCGAGAGGAUAUUCCACAACUGAUGCUAGAUACCAAAUAUCUCUUUCAAGUGACAUUUCCUUACACCCCAUCUCCACAUGCCUUGGAAAUUAUACAAAUUCCCAGCAGUUUCAAACUUGGCUUUCUCACAAGAGUGUAAUUAAAAAUACAAAGGAUUUGCCACUCUGUCCUCAAAGACUAAAUGAAGAGCAAACUUUUAUGGCUGAUUUCCCCACAACUGGGAUAUAGUGCAGUGUCUGUCUAUGCAAUAUACUUUUAAAAACUACUUUUGGAAUCAGGACAUCAGCAGUAGGAAUAAAGCAUAUGCCAGCCUA